AUGUCUACAGAUUCCAACCUUCCACUGUCCAAGCAUUCCAAGAGUACAGCUGUAGUGGUAUUCAUGUCAGUGGUGCUGCAAUCAGUUGGGGCAGGAACGACCCAAUACACAGCGGUCUAUGCUCUCCUCUUCUACAUGCUCUUUAUCCAUCCAUGCAUCUCACCUUUCAUGGUACUUCGUCGGCUCCAGACCAUUAUUGACGAGGCCACUGUGCUUUUCAAUGAACACCACGAGCGGAUUACGGAGGAGAAGACGCUGAGAGAGUUGCGGUCCAAAACCUACACACUCACCGCAGGUCAUCUUGAUGCCUAUCGACAGGUCUCGAUUACCGAUGUUCAUUCUUGGCUGAUGUAUGCACUUAAAGUGAAGGAUAUCUGGAAGAAGGUUCGUGAAUACCGCAAAGGAAUCACUGACUUGAAGACAAAGAUAGAGAUAAAAUUACUCGAAGAUGCGGAAGUCAAGGAGAAGGCUGCGCUUGAACACCUAGCACAUGCUGAUGGUACGCUUGGUGAUGAAGGCAUCCCGUGCUGGUGGCUAGGGUCUCUGCGUGACCGCGCAUUCUUGAAAGCACCAAGCCGAGCCUUGAGCACCCCAAAGCCGUCGUUUGGGCCUGGCCCGGCUUGGGCUUUUACAGGGCUUAAGGGCGGCACAUCACUAUUUUUAGUAUUAACGCCAAUCUUCAGCUACUGUUAUGAGGGGCGGCUCCGAGUCGGCAUAGUUUGGCUCGUAGGGCACUCGUAUAACACGAUUCGACUUUUAGAUAUAAAUCCUUCUGCAUAUCGCCGUGGAGAUUUGUUAAACGCCAAACAGAUGGACGAGAAAUCGACGCCUUAG